CCGUCCAGUUGGUGGCGGCAAUACACCUUUUUGAAUGUAGUCCUCCAUAAAACCCACAGAAGAAGAAGACAAAUAUGAAGAUGAAGAAGAAGAAAGCGAAAACGGAAAAAAAAGAAAACGACAAAGAAGAAGAAGAAAACAAAGAAGAAGAACGUUUGCAAUUUCCUGCACAUGAGGAGGUUACUUCUGGUUUCUACCACAGUAGCCGCAAUACAGUUUUCAUUGAUACAUCGCACAAUAUUUGGCUACUUUGCAGAUUCAGUACAUUUAUUUAUACAUUUGUUUAGUCAUCAUGUCGGGAAUACCACCAGAUACCUGGCAGCCACCCACAGUGAGCCUGGAGACAACGUAAGCACCGAAUGGGUACAAUUGUAGUGGAACUAUACUGGAGACAUGCUCCCAAAACGUGCAAAAACUUUGCUGAGUUGGCCAGAAGAGGUUACUACAACAACACCAAGUUUCAUCGAAUUAUCAAGGACUUCAUGGUGCAGGGAGGAGACCCCACAGGAACAGGUCGGGGUGGUGCCUCCAUAUUUGGCAAACAAUUUGAAGAUGAACUAAACCCUGACUUGAAAUUCACAGGUGCAGGGAUCUUAGCAAUGGCCAAUGCAGGACCAGACACCAACGGAAGCCAGUUCUUCCUUACCCUAGGGCCUACUCAGUGGUUGGAUGGGAAGCACAGUAUCUUUGGGAGGGUGUGCCAAGGUAUAUCAGUUGUCAACCGCGUCGGCAUGGUUGAGACGAACUCACAAGACCGACCUGCCGAUGACAUAAAAAUCCUCAGGACAACUGUACCCAACUGAGACUCAUUCAUACAACCAGCAACUACUUUCUUGUACAGUCAUUUUGUCAUGAUUUAUGCCUUUGAUUAAUUUUGUUGUUCUCAAAUCAAUAAUGUAGCCUAACCAUUGUGGUCAUUAUCACUAAAAUGAUUGAGUGACAUGGUAGAAAUGACACACUUGAGAAUAUGCCUGAUGUUUAUCUAAUGAUUGCAGAUAAAUCUCAACCUGAACCUUGAACAGACUACCACUGGAGGGAGACAAACAACAGAACAUACAGUAAUGUUGGUCUUUUUCAUAAGACAAACGAUUUAAAAAGCCUACUCUGUUGUGGAGACAUUAUGUUUUGGUUAUAAUGUUUGGUAAUCUCCCUAUAGUUUGAGGGUUAAUCAAGUUCACCUAACACCUACCCUUAGCAGGUGCCAGGAAGUCAUAAACCCUGCCAAUAUCUCACCUUAGAACGUGAUUUUAAACCUAACCUAACCAUACUGCUAACCUUAAAUUAAGACCAAAAAACAAAUUAAAUGUUUCAUGAAUUUUUACGA